GCUUUGCCUAUUUCAGAGUUGAAAGAAGACAAGCCCCGUCAAGAUGAACGCUGUCAUUUUGGUCUGUGCCCUUGCUUUGGCUGGUGUGUCCGCCCUCCCUGCCCAACUGAAUAAUGCUAAUGUAGAAGCAGAGGAUCUGAAUUUGGCUGAUAUCAUAGACAUCGUGAACAAGCUGAAGCCAGUUAUAAAUCUGCUGAACAAAAGAGACGGCCUGGAUGCCAUUGAGAUCGAAGAUAUUCAUAUUCAUUUAGAAGACGUUACCCACGGCAUCAAGAAAGUCACAGGUGCUCUUGCCGGAGUUUUUGGAAAAAGGGACCUUGAAAACCAGGACCUGGAUCUGGGAAGCAAGAAAGAUUUGGUAGAUUUGUACAACAAGGUGCUGAAUGUGAUUAGCAGGAGAGAUGUUGCCCCAAUGGAUGUGGAAGACUUUGCUUUGGAAAAGGUCACAGGAGGCAUUCACAAAAUCACCCAUUCUGUAGCCUCAAUCUUCGGCAAGAGAGACAGUCUCCCAGUUGAGUUCCAAGACACGGACUGGCACAAGGUAGGAGAUGACGUUAAAGGCAUUGGCAAAGAUCUCGUGAAAAUAAUCCCAGGAGCUAUUAGCAUUGCCAGUUUGUUCGGCAAGAGAGACACUCUUCCAGUUGAGGUAGAAGACACAAACUGGCACAAGGUAGGAGACGACGUUAAAGGCAUUGGCAAAGAUCUCGUGACAAUAAUCCCAGGAGCUGUUAGUAUUGCAAAAUUGUUCGGCAAGAGAGAAGCAGAGAUUGAGGAUUUUGAUUUGGGAAAAGUUAUAAAGGAGGUCAAGACAGGUCUGACAGUCCUUAAACUGUUUGGAAGAGAUGUAGAAGAACAGGAUUUUGAUUUGGGAAAAGUUAUAAGUAAGGUCAAGACCGGUCUGGCAGUCCUUAAACUGCUGGGAUGAGAUGUUGGUAAGCGAGAAAGAAGCUGUUACUGAGGUCAAGACUGGUCUUACAGGCCUUCAAUCCUUUUGAAAAGAUGUUCCUGAGCAAGACUUUGACUUGUGGAAAAAUUAUUUAUGAAUGAGAAGCAUUGACCCAGGAUUUCACACUUGGAAAUUGAAAAUGUUUAAAACCUUAAAUCAGAUGCCUCUAAAAAAAGCAAUAUCUUGUUGUGAAAACAAACAGUAUAAAUAAAUCUUGUUGGUGUUCCAGAAACUGAAA